AUUCAAAAGUGAAUGAAAGUUUCUAAAUUAUCUCAUCUUCAUUGAGACAUGAUAGGUAAUGCUCCACAUAUAAAAAGCUCCUUUCUUAAAACAAUCCAUUUACUUUACCAAUGAAACUAGCUUCGUCUAUUAGUAAUUAGAAACGAUACACUCCUUGAGGCAACGACUUAAUCAUAUGUUACUGUGUUACGUGGUCGUGGCUUAAUCUGCUGAUUAGGCUUAGAACAAUCAUUUACUAAAACUUGAUUUGAAGGCCAAAAAAUCAUUUGUUGCAUCCACAAAGCUUUAAUGCUUGCUCUUAACCAACAUUGCUUAAGGCAAUUGCUUCUUCUUCCCUUCCCUCCAAAUUUGAAAUUCUUCCAGAAAACCCAGAAUUACCACCCUUUUUCUACUCUAUCUUCUCUCUUAAAUCUCUGCAAUAAACCCCAACUUCUCAAGCAAUUCCAUGCUAGGUUAAUCCUCCAUGGCCAUCACCAAAACCUUUCUCUUACCUCUAAUCUUAUUGAAUCCUAUGCUAAUUUGGGCCUCAAUAGCCUCUGUUUUCAUGUAUUUAAUUCAAUUUCUUACCCAAGUUGGGAAAUUUACAACAGGGUUCUUCAAAUUAUUGCAAAUUCUGGUGAAUUUAAGGAAACCCUGUUGUUAUAUGAUAAAAUGGUAUCAAAUUCUAUGUACCCAGAUGAAUUUUCAUACCCAUUUGUUCUGAGGUCUUGUAAGCAUGUCUUGGAUGUUGAUCAUGGUAGAAGGGUUCAUGGGCAUUUGGUGAAACUUGGUUUUUACGUGAAUGAGGAAGUGAGGACGGGUUUAGCUGAGUUUUAUGGCGAACUUGGGGAGAUUGAGAAUGCACGUCAAGUGUUUGAUGAAAUGCCUGUUAGAGGGUUGGAUUACUGGAAUUCUCAGAUUGUGGAAAGCUUACAAAAUGGGAAUGUUAGGGAGAUUAUUGGGGUAAUUAAGCAGAUGAUGGAGGUGAAUAUUUGGCCAAAUUCAGUUUGUUUGAUCAAUUUGCUGAGAGCUAGUACAGAACUGAACUCUUUAAAAUUAGGGGUAUUGGUUCAUGGUCUAAUUGUUGUUAGUGGCCUUAGUGAAGAUGUAUCUGUGUGCACUGCAUUGAUAAAUAUGUACUCUAGAAUAGGUAACCUAAAGAAUGUGUGUUUGGUGUUUAAGAUGAUGCCUGAAAAGGAUCGUGUGGUGUGGAACUUGAUGAUUUCAGCAUAUUUUCGCCGUGGGCAAUCAAGGAAAUCCCUGGACUUAUUGGUGAAAAUGUGUAAUGAAGGAAUAAGAAUGGACCUGUACACUGCACUUGCAGCAUUACCGUCUACUGGUGAGUUGAAAUCGCUUGAAUGGGGGAAGCAAAUCCAUGCCCAUGGCAUCAGAAAUGGCUUAGAUCAUCAGGUUUCAGUUCAGAAUUCUUUGAUAGAUAUGUAUAGUAAAUGUGAUAGUGUGGAAGCUGCCAAAAAGGUUUUUGACUUGGUAGUAGAGAAGACUGAGGUUUCGUGGAGUUCAAUGAUUAAAGGAUUUGUUAUUCAUGAACGAUAUUUUGAUGCCCUAUCACUAUUUGCCAGAAUGAAAUGUGAUGGAUUUUUGGUUGAUUCUGCUGCAAUUGUGAGCAUCUUGCCUGCUUGUGUGAAUGCUGGUGCAUUUGAGCAGUUGAAAUAUAUUCACGGGUGCACCAUCAAGUAUGGUCUGCUCUCUACACCUUCUGUAAAUACAGAAUUACUGGCAAGUUAUGCUAAAUGUGGUUGCAUAGACAUGGCGAGAAGGCUGUUUGAUGAGGAAGAGAUUGAUAAUAAGGAUACUAUUACUUGGAAUUCGUUAAUAAGUGCAUAUUCUAAACAUGGAGAGUGGCAACAAUGCUUUCGUCUUUAUGAGCAGAUGAAAAAGACAUAUUUCAGACCAGACUCAAUAACAUUUCUUGGAUUACUGACAGCUUGUGUUAAUUCUGGUCAUGUUAAUGAAGGAUGGAAAAUAUUUAAGGAAAUGACAGAAACCUUUGGUUUCCAGCCUAGUCAAGAACACUAUGCGUGUAUGGUGGAUCUGUUGGGUAAGGCAGGGCAUAUUGAUAAAGCUAAAGAGCUCAUAAACUCUAUGCCCAUCAAAGCAGAUGCCCGUGUAUGGGGUCCGUUGUUAAGUGCUUGUAAAAUGCACUCAGAGACCGCAGUUGCUGAGUUGGCUGCUGAGAAGCUGAUUGAAAUUGAACCAACAAAUGCAGGGAACUAUGUACUGAUGUCUAACAUAUAUGCUGCAUCCGGAAAGUGGGACAAAGUAGCAAAGAUGAGAAGUUUUCUAAAAAAUAAAGGUCUGAAGAAGACUCCUGGCUGUAGUUGGCUGGAGGUUAAUGGAAAAGUGCACGAGUUCCGAGUUGCUGAUAGAUCUCACCCUAGAUCAAAUGAGAUUUAUUCUGCAUUGCAGUAUAUAGAGCUCGAAAUCGAGGACAUCAUAAAGGCAAGCCUACCAAAGCCGUGGGUUAUUGAAGAUAUUGAACAUUAGAUAAGAGUAAAUAGGCUUUCCUUAGCACUAAUUCAUGGAUUGAAUAUUUUGAUUUUAUCAUUGCCUCUAUGUACUCAAAUUUGGAGCAAUAUAAAGAGUAAAUAACAAGUAUUUUCCAACAAAACAGAAAUAAAAUCCAAAUCAAA